AGCUGGCCCGGCGAUCGCUGCGGGCAGCCUUGGGGAGGUCCUCCGUUCACGUGAAGCCCAGGCUGUGGCGGCGGAGGCAGACGCGAUGAAGCCCAGGCCCGCGAGGUUCGUGGAUAAUAAGCUGAAGCAGCGCGUCAUCCAGUACCUCACCAGUAACAGAUGCGGCAAAUAUGUGGACACUGGAGUCUUAGCAUCUGAUUUACAAAGAAUGUACAGUAUAGACUAUGGUCGAAGAAAAAGAAAUGCUUUUAGGAUUCAGGUAGAAAAAGUAUUUAGCAUAAUUAGUAGUGAGAAAGAACUGAAGGAUCUAACAGAAUUAGAAGACGAACAUCUGACCAAAAGAGCAAGACACGGUGAAGAGGAUAAUGAGUAUGUUGAAAGCCAUUCUGAUGAUUCAAAUAUGGAAGAUUACCCUGAUCCACAGUCAGCAAAUCAUAUGAACAGUUCCCUGCUCUCCUUAUAUCGGAAAGGAAAUCCUGAUUCAGUUUCAAGUACUCCUGAGAUGGAGCCAAGAGAAACCACCAUUUCAACACCAUGGAUAACUUCCAAAACAGGCUCCUUUCCUUUGAAGACCUCUGCCAGAGGUUCUGAAGAAUGGUUUAUUGACAAAACCCCGAAUGGAAAGAAAGACAGUUUUUUCUCGGACCUGUCAGAUGAGAAAAGUAAUGAUAAGAAGCCGAUCUCUGAGAUAGAGAAUUCAAAAGAUUCUCUUCUAGAGAGUAAUACAAGAAAAGGCAGGCUAAAUAGGAAAAGAGGCAAAAGGAAGAAAGAAGAUCUCCAGGAAGUAGAUGGAGAAAUAGAAGCUGUCCUGCAAAAGAAAGCUAAAGCCAGGGGGCUAGAAAUGCAGAUCUCCAAUGUGAAGUUUGAAGAUGUUGGAGGCAAUGAUACGACAUUAAAAGAGGUCUGCAAGAUGCUCAUACACAUGCGUCACCCAGAGGUGUACCAGCACCUGGGCGUCAUACCCCCACGUGGAGUUCUUCUUCAUGGACCACCAGGCUGUGGGAAGACAUUACUUGCACAUGCAAUUGCUGGGGAACUUGACCUUCCAAUCCUGAAAGUAGCUGCUACAGAGAUUGUAUCUGGAGUAUCCGGAGAAUCAGAACAGAAGCUGAGAGAACUGUUUGAACAAGCUGUGUCAAAUGCACCAUGUAUCCUUUUUAUUGAUGAAAUUGAUGCUAUUACCCCCAAAAGAGAAGUUGCUUCAAAAGAUAUGGAACGAAGAAUUGUAGCCCAGCUCCUCACCUGUAUGGACGAUCUGAAUAACGUGGCCGCUACAGCUCGGGUCCUAGUCAUUGGAGCUACUAACCGACCAGACUCUUUAGACCCUGCUUUGAGACGUGCAGGAAGGUUCGACCGAGAAAUAUGCCUAGGUAUCCCAGAUGAAGCAUCCAGGGAAAGAAUACUUCAGACUUUGUGCAGAAAACUGAGACUUCCUGAAACUUUUCAUUUUCGUCACUUAGCACACCUAACUCCAGGCUUUGUUGGUGCUGACCUGAUGGCACUCAGCCAGGAGGCAGCCAUGUGUGCAGUCAACAGGGUCUUAAUGGAGCUGCAGGAGCAACAGAGGCAAAAUCCUGAGAUUGAAGGUUUGCCUUCUGGAGGAGGCCAAGAAGAAAGGAUUGGAACUGAACCCACUUCUAAAACACAGGGGCUUUCUAUACAGGAUGAAUUGCAAAGGCUGCUGCGGUUGCUAAGGAACCAAGAUCCCCUUUCAGAGGAGCAGCUGCAAGGGCUGUGCAUUGAACUGAAUGAUUUCAUUGUUGCUCUGUCCUCUGUCCAACCCUCUGCUAAAAGGGAAGGCUUUGUCACUGUCCCUAAUGUGACAUGGGCAGAUAUUGGUGCCCUGGAAGACAUUAGAGAGGAGCUCACCAUGGCAAUAUUGGCACCGGUACGUAACCCAGAUCAGUUCAAAGCUCUUGGGUUGGUGAAUCCAGCUGGAGUCCUCCUUGCUGGUCCUCCUGGCUGUGGGAAAACUCUUCUGGCAAAGGCUGUUGCAAAUGAGUCUGGGUUAAAUUUUAUAUCCGUCAAGGGCCCUGAAUUACUAAAUAUGUACGUUGGUGAGAGUGAGCGUGCUGUGCGACAGGUUUUUCAACGAGCCAAGAACUCCGCACCCUGUGUGAUAUUCUUUGAUGAAGUGGAUGCCUUAUGUCCUCGAAGAUCAGUCCGAGAGACAGGGGCAAGUGUCCGGGUGGUGAAUCAACUACUCACAGAGAUGGAUGGUCUGGAAACACGUCAGCAGGUCUUUAUCAUGGCAGCCACUAACAGACCAGAUAUCAUUGACCCUGCAAUCCUGCGUCCAGGCCGCCUGGACAAAACGCUCUUUGUGGGUUUGCCACCCCCAGCAGAUCGUCUCGCCAUCUUAAAAACUAUCACAAAAAAUGGCACCAAACCCCCACUGGAUGCGGACGUAAAUUUAGAAGCAAUUGCUGAUGACCUUCGUUGUGAUUGCUAUACGGGUGCAGAUCUCUCUGCUUUGGUACGGGAGGCUUCUAUCUGUGCCUUGAAGCAGGAAAUGGCAAGACAGAAGAGUGGAAGUGAGAAAGGUGAACUCAAGAUUAGUCAGAAGCACUUUGAAGAAGCUUUCAAGAAAGUAAAAUCAUCUAUAUCAAAAGAGGAUCAAGCGAUGUAUGAAGCUUUGCAGCAGUCCCUCAGCCAGUGACUUCUCCAGCAGCGGGCCUUCGAGGAGUCCAGUGCAUUGAGCUGCCAGAGAUGCCCACGUGCUCUGAGCUGCUCACUUUCUACUUGACACAAAUGUGGUCUCGCAUAAGUAUUUUAUCCUCAAAUUAAUGAGGCCGAGUCAGUGCUGAAGAUUCUUCCCAUCUGGCCAACCUUGUAUGGAAACACCCUACCUCCUGUUUAAGAAAAAGAAAAAAAAUUUUAA